CUACAAACUUCUUUGUUCCUCAACAAAGCUGUCUUAUCUCUCUUAUCAGAGCCCACUACGUCAUUUCUCCCCCCACAUUCCGCCCUUCACUCAUAAACCGCAAUCAUGAACACUGGUCUCAUUGACAGCCGCUUCCUCUCCAAGCCUGAGGAGCUUGGUGUUGUUGCCGUUGGAUUCUCUGGCGGUCAGCCCAAGGCCGGUGUCGACGACGGCCCUUCCGCGCUUAUCGAGGCUGGUCUCCUUUCUGAGAUCCGAGAGGAGCUCGGCUACAAGAUCUUUGGCGAUGAGACCGUCCAGCAGUUCGACGACAUUGUCCCCGAGUCGGACCCCGACUACCGUGGCAUGAAGAAGGCCCGCCACGCCUCGGCCGUCACCCGCAAGAUCGCCUCUCAGACCUAUGAGCACUCCCGAGAGGGCCGCAUGACUCUCACUCUCGGUGGUGACCACAGCAUUGCCAUUGGAACCAUUGCCGGCACUGCCAAGGCCACCCGUGAGCGUCUCAACCGCGAGAUCGCCGUCAUUUGGGUCGAUGCUCAUUCCGACAUCAACACCCCUGAGAGCAGCGACAGCGGCAACAUCCACGGCAUGCCCGUGGCCUUCCUCACUGGCCUUGCCAAGGAUGACAACGAGGAGUACUUUGGAUGGCUCGAGGAUGACAUGCGCCUGAGCGUCAAGAAGCUCGUCUACAUUGGUCUUCGCUCUGUUGAUGUUGGUGAGCGAAAGAUCCUCCGUGAGCACGGCAUCAAGGCCUAUAGCAUGCACGACGUCGACCGCCACGGCAUUGGCCGCGUCGUCGAGAUGGCCCUCGCCCACAUCGGCAACGACACCCCCAUCCACCUGUCCUUCGACGUCGACGCCCUCGACCCCAUGUGGGCUCCCAGCACCGGAACUCCCGUCCGAGGCGGUCUCACCCUUCGCGAGGGUGACUACAUCUGCGAGGCUGUUCACCAGACCGGCAACCUUGUGGCCGUCGACCUGGUCGAGGUGAACCCCAAGCUGGCCGACGGCAAGCAGGCUGAGCAGGACACUAUCCGUGCCGGAUGCUCCCUGGUGCGGUGCGCCCUUGGUGACACCCUCCUGUAAGCUGGAGAGAUGUGUCUGAAAAAAGUGAACUUCUUUGUAUGAUGGAUGGGAAAUGCAUUGGGAUGGGAGUAUUUAUGAUAUCCUUGAGUUGAAUGAUGAUUGGGCCGGCGCAUAUAGGACUACCGAGAUCACUCUCGAAAUAAAACGUCACAACUUCUUUCCUCGGGAA